ACAUGACUGAAUAAAGUGGCAUGAGUGACACUUGGUGUGUUCUUCCACCUGGUUGUAAUGAGUGGUUGUUUGAGUUACUUUUAUCCCUCUAUCAUACUUUUUUCUGCCCAUUGAACGCCCAUGGAUAUUUUCUCCUCUAAUCUAGCUAGAUCAGCAGUUUGUGUAAUACUCAGUCACUUAAAUCAACUUACUUUGACAUAUCAAGAUGCGUGGAGUCGCUGCCAUGUGAAAUUAUAAUAAAUUAAACUAAAAUAAUAAUUAGAGUCACAUUAUCUUUUGCUUCAUCUUAAUAUACUUUCAUGUCACUUUGAGAGCAUCAUAUUUUUUCAGGAGAUAUUAAACACUGGUUUGAGAAACACUGGUAUAGAAAAUACAUGAAGUACAUUAUAGUACGUAAGCUGUAUGUUUCAUUAUAUCAGUAGUUUACUAUAAUGGCCCCUGUCAGAGCCAUUUUUAUGUGUGGUAUGUGUUGGACACAAAUCGUCCACUAGGUGUCACUGUUGUGUUGGGGAUCACGUGAAUCUUAUUUAGCUAGGAACCUUCAGACAGGUAACAGGUGUUGCUAGUCGGAGGAGCACUAAUAGUUUUUGACCGCUGUCGAACACAACGAUGCGCUGGUUAAUGUUAAUGUUUGGAAACAAAUUGACACCAAAUGAUUAUUGCAUGCGGUGACAAAUAAACCAACAUAAAGCUGCAGAGGACGAAGUUGGACUGUGUUAUUUCUAAACACUGCGGGGAGCGGUAAAGUUGCAACGAGCGCGUCAGCUAAAUAAUUAGCCAUUGUUUACUAUCUGUUAUAAACCCGUCUAGGGGGCGCCACAAUAGGGGAAGAAGAAAAAAAAAAAGACGUCACCGCUUCAACAGCAUCAACUGAUCCUCCUGUCACCUCCACCUCAGAAGAACCCAGGGAUGCAGCAUCAGUAGGGCUGCACCAGUAGACCCUGCUGCCUGGCCAUCUCCUCUAACUGAAGACGUACAAACAAGGCGAGUAGAGUCGGUGGAAACACAAGAAACUUCUGUGUUGGCUCAAGACCUAACAGAGACUCUGCAGCUCCCUCUAGUGGCUCAAACCCCUCAACAUGUGAUGUGCAAUUGUUCCAAAACCUCUUUUUCAAUGAAAGCGGCUCAGUGGUGUUACCAGAGCCAGUACUCCUGUGAUGACACGUGCAGAGACCCGAGACACUGGGCCGCUCAGUUCCCCAGCUGUGGAGGAUUACGCCAGUCUCCCAUUAACAUUGUGACCAGUAAAGUGCACGUCAACAGCGCCCUGCCAACCUUCGACUUCAUCGGUCACACCAAUGUCCACAACAUCACAGUGGAAAACAAAGGACAUUCAGCUCACUUUGUUCUGCCACAGUCAGUGCGACUGACCGGAGGAGCUCUGCCCGGUCACUACAGAGCUGCACAGUUCCACUUCCACUGGGGCGGGAACGGGAGACCGGGAUCAGAGCACACCAUCGAUGGAGAGAGAUUCCCCAUGGAGUUGCACAUAGUCCACAUUAAAGAGCCGUAUGGUUCUCUGGCAGAGGCAGAACAUGACAUGGCAGGAAUUGCUCUGCUCGCCUUCCUGUUUGAGGAAACAACAGACGACCAUCCUCACCUGGACACAAUAAUCGGCGCUUUGGGCCGAGUGCAAAACAACGGCAGCAGCUCAGUGAUCCCAAACUUCAGACUCAGCGACAUUAUCCCACCUUCCAAGGACCUUCACAUGUACUAUCGCUACGUGGGCUCCAUGACGACGCCAGGAUGUGAGCAGGCCGUGGCCUGGACGGUGUUUCACAGGACGCUGUCCAUCAGCAGUCGACAGCUGGACACAGUGGUGAAGCAGUGUAAAUUCUGGACGGGCCAGCCCAUGAUCGACAUCUUCAGACCAACACAGCCUCUGGACGGCAGAGUUGUCUACCGCUCCAAAGCUGCUGCGGUUCUGACGAGUGCGAUGCACUUGUGGUUUGGCGUUUUCUCACUUGUGCUCGUAAAUGUAUAAAAUGCCUGUGUGCUAGUGAAACAACUGUUAACUCAUUUUUUUCUUCCGUCAGAAUGACUACUACUGAAUACCAACACUAGUGAAUUAAUUACAACUGUUGUGACAGUGAGAGAAAUAUUGUGUGAAGUGAACGUUACUUGUUAUGUUCCAUAAUUUUUCACUUUAUAGAAACAUUUAGAAAAAACUUUUAUUUACACUUAAUGAUCACUUAUAUGAUAGAUUUUUUGCCAGAUUAGCAGGGAUUUAGACACUAAACGGACUUCUCCAGCAACAUCAUCACAUUUGUGCUUUUAAAGUGAAAUAUUGACUUUUACUUUGAAACUUCUUUGUUUUGCUGUCAGAUUUGAAUUUGGCAGCCAUAACAAGCUGCUAACACAUUUGAAAACAGCCCUUUUGCUUCUUUAAAUGUAGUUUUCUUCAACUAAUCAAAUAUACCGGCGCUGUAGUGAUAAUUUUUCCGGUGUUCCGGUAUGAGAUUUUAAGGUGAAUAAAUCUUUUCCUCCUUAUUUUUGCAUCAAUCUAUUUUAUAUUCUUUCUCUCAUCCAAUGUUUUGUCAGGCUUAAGUGUGAUGACUAAAAAUAUAAAAUAAGGAUGUUUUUUUCUUUCUUAGAGUCAUAGACGUUAGGGGAACAUUUGUUAUUCUUUUUGAUUUCCAGUCAGUGUGAUUAGAACGUGCUCGGAUAAUCAUGCAUGCAUUUAAAGGAGCUGUGUGUAAGAAAUGUAUUAAAACUACCAUGAUAUAAAUGUCCAAUUAACUGGCUCCUUUGAAAACGAUGCUACAUACAGUUAAUCCACAGUUCAGAUUUUAAUUUAGAGCCUGUUUAUGUUGUGGUAUAUGUAUAAUUCCUCCAAGAUCUGGCUUUUGGUUCAUACAGGAUUGGAUUCUAAAUCUACCAGUUUUAA